GAUUAUGACCGCUUGAGCUGCUGAGGCCUCGUUCAUCUUAAGUACGCCCUCAAGUCGUCAGGCUUGGUUUUACUCUAUCUUGCUAGUGUUCCUGUCAGCUUCAGACAUCAUCGUUACAUCAUGGAGACCACUGAAGAACUACAACAACUUGAAAUUAUUGCCCUGAAGUCCAUAUAUGAUUGCGAUUUUUUUGGAGUCACCUCCACCCAAAGCCUGACCGCUGCCAGGCUACCCGAAUUCAUCAUUAAAGUUCCACAUCCAGAUCCAGCCCACGGGUUAAAUAUUUAUUUCCAUUUACACACGAAGUUUCCAAACAUUUAUCCCACCUUAGCAUUGGCAUGCCCUACAUUCACUAUCCAAAAGCCAAUCAAAGAUCUGAAUAAUGAGUACGAGAGUUCACUUGCAAAAGCCAUGCAUGCGGAAGCCCAACAACUUCGUGGUUCUGAGAUGGUUUUCCAGGAACGAAGGCAAAAAGCGGAACGACAAUACAGUGAUCCUCAAGCAGCCUUGCAGAGAUUACCUAUAUCACCUGGCCUACAAUACUAUGCAAUGAGCAUGCUUGUACCUGGCAAGAAAACCCAUGUUUCUUGCCCGAGUCUUCUAGCAGAUCUUGCUGCUAUGUCGUUCCAUUCCACCGCGACCAGUAGAACACCAUCAAUUACUGUGUCUGGGCUCAAAGCGCCCAUGUACAGUAGCCAUACCCAUAGUAGCUCCCCAGAGAAGGACUAUUUCAGAACACCUGCAGGGACAAGGCAGGCAAGUCGGUGGAAGGAAGACUGGGAGGAGCUGACAUCUAGUCAUUUUAUCAUCAUCAAUUUCGACUUUAAUGUAGGGGAAAGGGGCAUUCGGAUCAGUCGUCAAAGCUCGAACAAAAUCGACUCCCGCAUAUACGCUGUCAAGGAAGUACGACUAUUUGCUGGUCCACCACCAGACAAUUUCUUGACCAAUACCACCACUGGCACCAUUUACAUGAACGCCCGGCGUGCAUUAGCCGAAAUAAAUCUGAGACUCCCGAGAAAUGCAGCUAAUGAACACUCUGACAGAUUCCUCCGAUUCCUUUCUUCACGCCAGAAGAGUUUGGCGACAGUAACAAUAAGUGGCAAUCACUCUGAGAUGCCUGAGUGCUGAUCGUUGACCUCCUUACUAGGAUCGUUAUGGCACACGUAAAUGUAAGACUGCCCAAAAGCAAGGCAAUUUCUCCAUUCCUCAACUUGCUCUCUAUCUUUCCCUUGAAUGUAUCAUUGGGUAGAAUACAAUCAAUGAUAAGUAUA